AUGCCUGAAGCUCCAAAAUUUCGAAUCAGUGUGAUAGGCAGUGGCCCAAUUGGUAAGCUACUUCUGAGUAGUGUAGCCGCUCAUCCAAGGAUUGAGUAUACACAAUUCGAAGCCGAAACAUUACCUUUACGUCCCGCUUUUGGCUAUGGUAUUGGGCCACAAACGCUUGCAACGACGAAGCGUCUUAAUCCGGCUAUCUACAAGGAACUACACGACCAAUGUUUAGCCGACCCUGUUUGGAUGGAAUUUCACCACGGCGGGGAGGAAGACAAUCACUUGCAUACCAUUCGUGUCCCAGAGGGAGAAGUCUUUGGGAGAAUUGGACGUGAUGAGCUUAUGGUGAUGCUUGAUGCUUUCGGUCCCAAGGAUACUCCAAUCCAGUACGGCAAAAAGCUCAAAUCAGUAAAGAAAAGCGCUGAUGGCGAACUAAAACUGACGUUUGAAGAUGGUGGUGAAGAUCACGCAAACGCUCUAUGGGCGUGCGAUGGUAUGAAUUCUCUGUGUAGAAAGUUCGUGCAGGGCGAAGAUUACAUACCUGCCGCUUACUCAGGCCAUGUGACAUUCAGAGGAAAAGUCGAGAGCAGCAAGAUUGAGGCAGAGAUUGGAAAGCGGUUCACUACAGAUACAUCUAUGUUCCUUGGUAUUAAAGGCUGGCAUGUAUUAACCUUCCCCAUUGAUGGUGGUAAAUACGUUAAUAUUGCGGCAUUCUCUAUGGAGGAAGUUCAGAAAAAGCGUGGAAGAAACUACGUAACAACUACCGAUGAGCUACUUACUUAUUUUCCCGGGGCGAAUUCUAGAGUUCGGAAAUUUCUGAGGCUGCUUAAUGAUCAACCAGGGGGUUGUGUAUGCCUUGAACUGACUCACAUGCAGACUUUGGGUACCUUUACCAACCAGAGUCUUUGUAUGACGAGCUUCGGUGAUUCUGCAAACGGAAUGCUACCUCACAUCGGAGGCUCGAUGGCAACCGGAUUCAUUGGCGUUACUACCUUUCUGCAUGAAGAGCUGAAUCCCCGUAUUCAUGCCCUCAACCCGAAUGCGAGCAAUGCUGAGAUUGCCGAAGUACUCAUGGAGGCUUCUAUUGCAUAUGAACGUAAGCAUAAGCCUUUGGCGCAAAAGCUUGUGGACUACUCAAGAGAACAGGGGUUUGUUUUCUCGGGUGGAGUAACUGACGCCGAGGAAUUGGCUCGGAGAGCAAGGUUUUUGUGGAAGGCUGAUUCUUACAAUGCUACCGUUUAA